AGGCAGUAAUAAAAAAAUAGUGACGAUGUGCGACGGUGUUUGAAUUUCACGGGAAAAAGUCUGUUUUUAGGAUUCGGGUGCAAUAUUAUCGAAGUCAAAGACCGACUUUGGUUGUCGACGUCAACGACGAAGAAAGUGAAAUUGUGCUGUUGUGUUACUAGUGGUAAUGAUACGGCUAAUCCGUAAUCGGUUGUGCUAAAAAUCGUGAAUAUAAAAUUGGUCGCAAAAGCCUAACCAGGGAAGAAAACACAAAGAUGGCUAUCGUCAUGGGAGCUAGCCGUGCCCCGAAGCAUUGAUUAGUGAAGAACAGAACACUGUUUACCUGAUUUGUGCCUGUCUGGUCUGCAUCUGGAUUUCAUUAAUAACAGGUUUCAUUCUGAUACGCGGAUUAAAAAAGAUAAUUGGAGCUGCGGCAAUCGACUGGCCAAGAUUCCCUUGUGCGCUGGAUAUCGUGGAGAAGCGACAACGAAAAUCACUCUCCUUGUAGCGAUAUACAUCUGAUUAGUUGAGCCCGAUAGAUCGUAAUGUUGACAUCGCAUCGGGUCGACACUAAUUUUGAUUGAGUGUUUAGUUAGGGACGCGUGAACAUGCCAGUUGCCACGGUUUCUGCCUUGCGCUCCAAUAUCCGUCGAAUCUUGAUAUCGAUAAUGUUCCAGUGAUGGUCCGUGACUUGCGCGGCGUGAUUUUGUGCCUCGCAGUUGGAGUGCUAUUAGGGUAAAUGCGCUGUCCAUUGCUAGCGCAAAAAUCAGUUCGAAUAGCAUUCAAAUUCAGCUACUAGCACGUGUGUUAUCUCUAAUGAUAAUUAGCUAGGGAACAGGCAAUAGUCAGCGAUUCUACCCUAGGGCACAGCAAAAGCAAACCGAAUGCAAAGUAAAACAGUUCGAAGCUCCAUUCAACCGUCGCUGGCCGACCGUGCGGAUCGAUUACGUUGGGCGGCUCCAAGUGGUAAACAAAUGUGAUGUUAUUUUUUCAGUGGAUGUAAUUGGAGUUUCCCGUCGUGCUGUUUACCAGAGUGCGCAUAAAUUUGCACCAUAACAAUGAGCGUUUAACUGUGAUAACAAACCCAUUGCAGUUGGGUAGUGCAGAAGAAAGUUAAAACAAAUUUUUUGCAAAAAUGGACGAUAAUGGUUGUCAGUGAAAAGUUGCAGUGCAGUCUAAUGCACUUUCGAAUGUCGGUUUAGCGUGACCUCAGCACCAAUCCGCGUACUCCCCAAGUCCAAAGACGAUGUCCGAUGAGAGUAAAUGUCAGGUGUACAUCUAUUUGAGCGAAAGUUUCAUCGAUAUCCCGGUCAGUGAAGAAGAUACUUGUGAGGAUCUCUGCUCGCAACUGUGCAAGCGGUUCGGAAUUGGUCCUCUGGUACAGCUACUGGUGGGCUUACGGAUACACGACGAACAAUGGUUCCUGGCGCCGAGUGCCCGGCCUCAGGCCGGCAAAAAGUACGAGUUUCGAGUCAGGUUCAAGGUACCGAAACUCUCGAACAUGAAAUCACUGGAUCGCGCCCUGUUCAACUACUACUACUACCAGCUGCGGCACGAUCUGCUCCAGAGCAAAAUCACCGAAAUCGAGUACGACGAGUACAAGAACAAAAUCCUGGGCUAUGUCGUCAACGAUAUGUACCGGAAGAUGGUCGAGGAUGGCGUGACCGUGACCGAUCUGAAGCGUACCUACGAUGAGUACAUUCCGCGUAAGAUCAACAAGGAGCACUCGUUGCUCUUCUUCAACUGGGCUCGUUCCAAGGUGUUCAACUCGUUGCAUAAGAUCUCCUACAAGGAACAUGAUGCAGAUUAUGUAAAAAGUGUAUAUAUCGACGACAUCGACAACAUUGCGCCCGGUUAUCUAUACGAAGAGUAUAAUGUAAGCAUCCCGUACCCUCCGGAGGAUGGUAUGCGUAAACCGGGCAAGUGCCGGGUUAAGGUCAGAUUCGUACCUUAUGCCCAUAGGGGAACCCCCAGUGCAAAGUCGGGCAAGAAUGUGCAAAAGAAUGACAGCGAAUCGCUGCCAGGGCUAAAGGUGUUCUAUUCGCGAGAGUGGAGACACGUCGCGAAUAUCGAUGAAAUUUUUACUAUACUAGUAGAAAACCUAACGGUGAAUAUUUCACUCAAGGAUCAAUCGAAUCUUUACUCGAUAGACUUUAGCAGUCAGACUGAAUUAGAUUCAUUCGUAACAUGUUUAGCUGGUUAUUAUAGGUUAAUGUGUAAGUGGACAGUGUAUCUUUGUAAACCUUAUCUGUACUCACCAUCGUUGAAUAGACUAACGGAGCUCAAGUGUCAUGGUCCUAUUGGAGGAAAGUUCUCCUAUCGUAAAAUAGCAGAAAAGAAUAGCAGCAUCGGUGCUAAUAUCGUACGUCAAUGCGAAUCCCAUUAUGACACAUACUAUGUCGAUAUUCUGGAACGCGAGAAUCAAAUGAAGACUUAUAAGCUUACUUACGGCCAGUGCCGUUGGCAUGUGCAUCGAGACGCCGGGGAAGUAACUACCUACGACGAGCUACUGGACGUGCUGCGGAAUCUUAACCCCAACAUCAAAAACCUGUACCGGCUGUCACCUACUGAGCACGACAAGUCUUCGAAUCUGCUGUUGUGUAUACCCCAGAGUGACAUGAUAUCAAAGCGAUUGCUCGAUGUGCAGGAAAUGCGCCAGGUUCGGCCACAGAUUGUGUCUGCGGCAAAGGAGCUGGUUAUCAACAGAAAUGCACUCAAGAAUGAAAACGAUGGCUUUUUUGAAAGAACCAGGGCUGAAUUACUUCUACCAAAUAAUACUAAAAUGGAGGUUACGCUGCGGUUACUCAAAAACGAUAAGAAGGACGAUUUUUUAAGUGAUUUUCUGCAACUAACCGACUUCUGGGCGAACAUAGACUGCAAGGACAUCAUCAAACUGUACGGCGUAACACUGUACAAACCGAUCUCAAUGGUGCUGGAAAGCUAUCGGGACGGUCCGUUGGAUGAGUUCCUACGACGGCACCGGCACGUGUCGCUUUCGUCGUUGAUCGACGUCGCCCACUCGUUGGCACUAGCUCUCUAUUAUCUGCAGGAAAACGGACUCAUUCAUGGCCGGAUACGUUGUUCGACGAUGCUUGUAACAUCGUACAAUCGUGACGAGAAUCGCUUGAUUGCGAAGCUCGGUGAUCCUGGCUUGCAGCAGCAACGCCAGUAUACCGAGCAAGAUUUGUUUUGGGUACCGUUGGAGUACCACGAGCUUGGGCCGAGGGAAGUGCAAUUGUUGAAACAGGACCUAAAGGCAGAUGUCUGGGCCUGUUCGACGACUCUGUGGGAAAUUUUCAGCCGAGGCAAACGGCUGAUAGUGAAGGAUGCCAAAAAGUUUUUGGCCACUGGGCACCGGUUACGGGUGCCCCCCGAGUGCGAGGAUAUCAAAGAAAUCUACCAGUGUAUGUAUAACGGUUGGCUAGCAGAUCCUGACAAGCGGUUUGCUCCGCAGAUGAUUAUAUCCAAGCUGGUGCAAGCUAAACAAAAAAGUAGCUACUGUGUGAUAGGCCAUAGCAAUGUAAACGGAACAACGAAGUCAACGAAUGGUUCUUACUCUAAGCAAAGCGUUCUCUCUAUAGAAACAGAUUCCACCUUAUUAAACUCCCACACAGAUGUUUCCAGUUCAUCCUACGUAAGUCAUGGCAGCGAAGCCGGUAGUAGUGCAUCGAGCGAGUGCAGCUCGCAUCCUCUAAUCUCAAAUGGCGGUUCUAGUCAGUACAGUGUCGGCUCGUACAGUGGCUGGGGUCAAUCCCAAGCCGAACGGUUCCUGUAUGAUUGCCCAGACUUCAUUGAGCUGCCCCGCGGAGCCAAAGUGAUAUUCCAGGGAGAGCUGGGUCAGGGUUACUACGGUAAAGUUUAUCGGGGCUGUAUAGACGAUGGAAAGUACUCCAUUGAGGUGGCGCUGAAAACGAUCAACAACUUUGGCAAUUCGAUGGAUAUAGACAAGGCGGUCAAAGACUUUAAACGGGAGGUGUCGAUUAUGAAAAGGUUGAACCAUAGAAAUAUUGUUAGGUUUAUUGAUUUCAUCGACGAGCCAGACAAGUUGGUUGUGGUAAUGGAGUACGUUGAGAAUGGCUCCUUGUUGGAUUUUCUAAGCUACAAGCGGUACGAUUUGACUAAGUUGAACCUGCUUCGCUUUGCCAAGGAUAUUGCCAAUGGUAUGCAUCAUCUGUUUGAAAAGAAAAUAAUCCACAGGGACUUGGCAGCCCGUAACAUUCUGGUGCAAAGUGUAGAUUGCGUUAAAAUCUCCGACUUCGGGCUGGCACAGGUGACCGACGGCGGUAACUACUAUGUGGCGCAGAGUAAUCGCGAACUUCCUAUUAAAUGGUACGCUCCAGAGACGCUACUUACGCAGAAAUAUUCCUUCCAAUCGGAUGUCUGGUCCUAUGGUGUGACGCUGUUUGAAAUGUUCACUUUCGGUGAGACACCGUAUCCCAAUGUGGAGAUUAACAAUGGGGAUGAGCUGUAUGACCUGAUAAUUCACAAAAAUAUGAGAUUGGAGUUACGCGGUCAAGAUCGGGACGUGUACGAUCGGCUGAUGGUACCCAGCUUCAAUCUAGACACCCAACAGAGGCCUACGUUCAUGCAGUUGCUGGAAAAAAUCGAAGAACUGAUCAACCAAUAUGGCGAAUCCAUUCAACCGCUUAAUUAGAAGUUAUACGGUUACAAUACCGCAUAAUAAUCUUCGUGAUGAUACAAUUUAAACGGUUUCGUAUAUAGCGUAGUUUUGCCAAGCACCACUGCACUCUGAUUAUAGGCUAGGAUGAAUAGUUAAAUUUUAAACAAACAAGAUGAAAAAAGAUUGCAUUUCUUUUUGGAGUACGUACUACACAUUUUUUACUAGUUUUACGCACCGCUGCUGCAGUUCCACUUAGAACUUAUUGCAAAUGCAUGUUUACACGAAAUGCACUUUUAGGAACUGAUUGCAAACUAUUUUCUCGAUUUUAUUCAGUUUUAACUGGUCUAUUUGUACAUGUAAAUAAGUGUAGCUCAAAUCUUUCCACAACUGAAAAGGAAAACAGUGCCCGUCUGUGCAUAUGUGUCUUACGUAUAGUUGUUACAUUAUCUACGUUAAGAGGAGCGUCGCCUCUGAAUCCUGACUUUUUAGCAAGUAAUUCAUGUUAAUUAUUAGCCAUUUACCCAAAUCGGAAAGCAUAGCAAAGAUCAAACCGUGUCGACAUAAAUCGGAAAUAUAUUCUCAAAGUGCCACACCUAGAUGAGGUUUUUUUUCUUCGUUUCCCACCCUCCUGAACUAGAUUUAAUGAUUAAAAUGAGCUUAUUUUAGAUUCGUUUUCUAUUUUGUUUUGUUCUGCUGCGUUAUUAGUUCUUAGUCUCAAAACAAUUGCGGAGCUUCCUGUGGGUGUGUAAAAAAAUUUAGUUUAUCGUUUCGCAUGAAAUAGUCAAUCAAGUAGAAAAGAGUAGAAACGGUACCAGAGUCCAUCUGUCUGAUAGGUUGACGAUCAAGACAUCAUGUAAUCAGAACAGCUACUAACGCUUGCAUUUGUACAUUUGAGCUUAGGAAAGCAAUUCGGAUCCUGUUAUGAAUUAUUUUAAAUUGUUGUACUUGUUUAUUAUGUGCUUACUAUCGCUACCAAUCCACGUUUACGAGAGUUGAAAAAUCUGAGUUGGUUUAGAUAGAUUUUAUGAGUUCCAGGAGAAGGAAAUACAUUGACCUGAAGCAUUGCGAAAUUUUAUGACAAACACGAUCAAUCCUUAGAUAAGAAAAUAUAUUUCGAGUUUACAAAUUAUACUAAUGUUUCGAGGAAAGAAAGAAAUAGAAGAACUAAGUGUAUAUCAAUGUUCCAAUCUUUUAA